GCGGACUUCGCGCGGCACUGGCAGGCGCAGUUCCCGGGGGAGCCGGCGCCCCGCAUGGAGCUGGGCUCGGUGCGGGCCAUGGAGCGGGAGCUGGAGCGCUGCCGCCGCCACCUGCGCCGCCUGCAGCGGGCGCUGGCCGAGGAGCGCUUCAAGGUGGGAUACCUGGAGGCGGCGCUGGCCCGGGCCCCGCCGAAGCCGCCGCCCGCCGCCCCCCGGCCCGCCGGCAGCUCCCCGGAGGGCGGCAGCGCCGGCAGCUCCGACGCGGAGGACGCUUCCUCGGCAGGUGGGUGAGGGGGAGCCGUCCCCAGCCCGCGCCCCCAGGGGACGAGGGUGUCCCCAGCCCCCGCGCCGUCCCCGCCGCCGCACGGUCAAGGGCGAAUGUGCACGG